CAGUGACAGAAUGGACUGGCCCGGUAGAUGGAGCCACAUACAGAAGAUGCUGGAGAGGACCGGUCCAUUUGCACACCCAGACUUUGAGCCCAGUACAGAGACAUUGACGUUUCUACAGGAGACGUGUAAAAUUCUAGUGAUUGGUUCAGGAGGUCUGGGCUGUGAGCUCCUUAAAGAUCUAGCACUACUUGGGUUUCAGAACAUUGAUGUCAUAGACAUGGAUACCAUAGAUGUCUCCAAUCUCAACAGACAGUUCCUCUUCAGAGCUAAGGAUGUGGGAAGACCUAAGGCUGAAGUGGCCGCAGAGUUUGUAAACAACAGAGUGACAGGGUGUAAAGUUACGCCCCAUUACUGUAAAAUCCAGGAUUUCGAUGAAUCUUUUUACAGACAGUUUCACAUCGUGGUUUGCGGGUUGGACUCUAUAGUAGCACGGCGAUGGAUCAAUGGAAUGCUGAUCAGCCUGCUACAGUAUGACGACGGAGAACUGGACCCCAGCUCGAUCGUCCCAAUGGUAGACGGGGGAACGGAGGGGUUCAAGGGGAACGCUAGAGUAAUCCUCCCUGGAAUGACGGCCUGUGUGGACUGUACGCUCGACCUUUACCCGCCUCAGGUAAACUUUCCUCUGUGUACAAUAGCCCACACCCCGAGGCUACCAGAACACUGUAUAGAGUACGUCAGAAUUCUACUCUGGCCGAAAGAAGAACCUUUUGGAAGUGGUGUGAUCAUUGAUGGAGACGACCCUCACCAUAUUAAAUGGAUCUUAGAAAAAUCUAUAGAGCGAGCCAACGAGUAUAACAUAAAGGGAGUUAACUACAGACUGACUCAGGGUGUGGUCAAAAGAAUUAUCCCUGCUGUGGCCUCCACCAAUGCUAUAAUAGCAGCUGCUUGUGCGACAGAAGUUUUUAAAAUAGCCACAAGUUGCUGUUUGCCAUUAAAUAACUACAUGAAUUUUAAUGAUACGGCGGGCAUCUAUACUUACACGUUUGAAGCUCUAAAAAAGGAGGAUUGUGUGGCCUGCACCAAUAUACCUCAAGUUUUAACAUUCUCAGAAAACGACAAACUCCAAGACGUUAUCACGUAUCUAAUAGAAAGUGCUACAUACCAAAUGAAAUCUCCUGGAAUCACAACAUCAGUAGACGGUAAAAACAAAACUCUGUACAUGCAGACAGUCAAAUCUAUAGAACAACGAACAAAAGACAACCUGAAGAAAACACUUAAAGAGCUUGGACUGACAGAUGGGCAAGAACUGUAUGUAGCUGACCCCACAACCCCAGCGUCCUUGACCUUUAAACUACAAUUAGGGUCAAACAUGGAGUAAGAAAAAUCAUGUGACUGUUUUGAUCAUGUGACAUUACCACCUGACCGUGUAAAAGUGAAAGUAGGAUAGUCCUUGUGAUUCAUCUACACUUGAGGAAAAAAAAACUCCGACACAACACUGGGACUAAAUCUACUAAUUGAUGGUGUACCUAGGAUAGAUACAUCUCAACUGACGGUCAAGACACAGGCUUAUAUACUAAUUAUUUAUUUUGUUAUAUGCUGCUUUAUACAUGUAGUGUUUGUUUUGUCUUGUGUUUGAACAGGAGAAAGGGAUGAAGAAGAAUGUGAAAUUUAGGAAGAAAUUAUUGUUGUAAUAAAAAGAAAGGUGUAUUACAUUA